AUGACUCUUUUAAGCAGGAAGCAGAGGCUCUUCCUCAUCUCUUUUACCGUUUUCUACGCCUUGCUCUUCAUCGUCUAUCGCUUCCGCUCCGCACGAGAUCCGGGCUCCUAUUUCUUUCGGCCAGAAGAAGGAUAUCGACCGAGCUACAGCAUUCGGCGAAUCGACGAGUCGCUGGAGUAUCUCCGUCCCUAUAAUCAGUCCUUUAAUGACCCUACACAUCCUGCAAGAAACUUCACCUCUGCCUCCGACGAUGCCACCAUCUGCGUCGGAAUCGUCACCGUAAAGCGCCCGCUGCAGCAGAACAUUGACACCACUGUCGCUUCAAUAAUCGAUAACCUCUCCGAGCAGGAGCGUUCCACCCUUUCUAUUCACGUUCUUUUCGCCUUGACCUCCCCAGCCGAGCAUCCCGAUUAUAACCAGCCCUGGCUCCCCAAUGUUGUCGAUCGUAUCCUCACCUACGAGCAGCUCGACGCCCCUAUCGCAACCAUCCGCAGCCUCGAGGAAAAGAAGGAUGUGAAACGGAAAUCCAUCAUCGACUAUCAACUGUCGCUCAAAUCAUGCUACGAAGAUAGCAAUGCGCCGUGGAUUAUGAUGCUUGAGGAUGACAUUGUUGCACAACGUGGAUGGUACAACCACACCCUGCAGAGCCUCGAGACAAUAAAGUCUUGGCGGAGCAGUGGCUCCAUCAAGAAUUGGCUGUACGUCCGGCUCUUCUAUACGGAGAAAUUCCUCGGUUGGAAUUCGGAGGACUGGCCCGUCUACGCGGCGUGUAGCAUCGGAGUCAUCACCAUAGUCGCAGUCAUGGGUUUCAUAGGCCGGCGGAAAAUGCGGCCCCUGCAGGCAGUUCUCACGAACUCGUUUAUCGCGAUCGUGUGCUUCGUCUGUGUACCCCUGCUCAUCGUUUUAUACUUCCUCGCUGGCCGAGUCACGAUGUUGCCCAUGAGACCGGGGAUCCACUUGAUGAACGGACAUGGCUGCUGUUCGCAGGCGCUUGUUUUUCCGCGCGAGAAUGUCCCUCUGCUGCUCGAGAAAAUGCAUCAAGCGCGAUAUGAGCAUCCCUAUGCAGUGGACAGUGUGAUCGAGCGUUUGGCAGAUGCCACUGGUCUAGACCGGUUGGUCAUUGUUCCCUCGCAGAUGCAGCAUAUCGGUGCUGCCUCGUACAAGGAAAAUCGAGACCGGUACGAUCUAAAGGGGCCGCACCAGGUGCAAGGCGCACAUGGUGUCUGGAGCAUGGGAUUCGAGAAGGCGUUCGAAGGGUGA